CAUGAAGGAGGACUGUUGCAAUGUUGACAAUUGUGUAUUGGGCGAAUCCGUAUGCAUUUUUGGUCCAAAAAUUUGUAAUAAAAGAAAGAGUUUAGUUCUUAAGAAAAGCAAAUUUGUUGAUAAAGGCAAUAAUACAAGAACUGUUUCGGGAGCAACUAUUGAUGAAUGCUAUGAUUUUUGUAAAAAUCCUAUUCUAAAUAAUGGUUACGUUGGAUUUUCAUUUAGAGAAGAUUCGACUCAUGGAGAUUAUUAUUGCAUCUUUUAUUCUGGAAUAUCAUCAUUAGUUGGUAAUUCCCUCUUUUCAGUAAUCAUUCGAAAAGACCAAAAACUGGGAGUUUGUGUAACAGAUGACAGCCAAUUGCCACUACUGUUUGAAGAAUGUUUUACUCUCUUAUGGACACAGAAUGGUUGUUUCACAGAACAAUUUAAAAUUGGGGCUGAGCAUCAAACCAUGACUAUAUCACAGUUUGACCAAUACUCAAGAGAGAUUUUCGAUCGUACCCUACAAAUAUUCACUACGGAUUUAAACUCAGAUUAUUAUAGAUUAAUCUGCUUUCAGCCUACAAAUGGUCAGGAAACAAAUAUAGCAUUUGAUCAAAAAGUUUCUUACAUAGGACGAUUUGAAAGUUCUUUGUCUCAUCCUAAACAUGUUGUUGAUGGUCUAAGGUGCAGCAACAUUACUUUGGGUUCAUGUAAAAUAAUACUAAAAUCUACUACUCGACAACCUGAAAUUACAAUUGAACUAGAAGGAGAGCAUAUUAUUAAAAAGAUUAUUCUAUGGCCAACAAAUGAACAAAAUACUCAACUGUUGAAAAUUUUCAUGAAUCAUAUGGAUAAUUACUGUAUCAAUGGUGAUAUUCAACUGACAAAUGAUUCUCCACUAAAUUUUAUGCGCAAAUUUAAAACAACAAUGAAGUUCUUUUGUAAAUGAUCAAUCAAAAGAUAAUGGUUUUAUUCAAUUUUGCGAAGUAGAAGUAUUUUCAAGUAAAUAACACCAAAAUUAUUGAACAUUAUGCGAUAGAAAAAAACUUGUAUCCAAUAAAUUGAACCCAUAUCCUAUUUGAUUCAAAUAGAAUUAAAAAAAUGACCAAAAGAAGGAAUUGAAUAGAUUUUUUUCCAGACCCCUAGUUUCAAAAUAGCCAGUAAUAUUGCAUAAGAAUAUUUAAUAUAACAGAAUUAUUCUUUUAUCUGAAAAUAGCGAAGGCGAUCAAUUUCCUUUAAAACUACUGAUAGUUUAGCCUACAAUAUCAAUUUGAAUGGAUUUUUAUCUUGUUCCGGUACUUUAACUC